AUGCAAAAGUCCAGGCCUUAUAUCUGUGUGAUUUGCCAAAAGAGUUUUGCUCAGAAGUCGAACCUUGUAACCCACUUUCGAGUCCACACUGGAUCCCGGCCUUACAUGUGCGUUGAAUGUGGAAAGACCUUCAGCACCAGCUCAAAUGCAGUCACUCACCAGAGAGUUCACACUGGGGAGCGCCCUUACAGCUGUGGCGAGUGCGGGAAAAAGUUCAGCAUCAGCUCCAACCUGGUGACCCACCAAAGGGUUCAUACGGGGGAAAGACCUUACUCUUGUAGGGACUGUGGCAAGAGUUUCACUCACCGCUCCAAUCUGGUCAUACACCAGAGAGCCCAUUCUGGGGAGAAACCCUACAUGUGCCAAAACUGCGGCAAAAAUUUUACACACAGCUCUCACCUUGUAGCCCAUCAAAAGGUCCACACUUAA